CGUCGCAGGAAAAACGGUAAAACGGAUGAAUCACGAAUGUGUAUCAUUAUCGGUUUUGAAAAUUGGAUCGAUCCGCGGACGUUGUAAAGUUUCAUUUUUCGAUUUCACAGCUGCGUUGCGCGUGAAGUUUUAAACGCGGUAUUUUAAGCAGUGCCGGGAAUCGAGUUGGCGGAAAUAAGGAAGAUUCGAAAACGUGUACCGAUCAUCGGGUUUGAAAUAGUGUAAUCCUGUUCAGAGUCCAGCUCACAAUGCGCUUCGUGAUAUAAAAGCAGAUCCUGUGGAGUGGUGGCAAAACAGCGGCAGGGAUUCUGGUCACUAGGAUCAGAAAAACUUGUUCUCAAAUUAUUGAGAGUGGGAGUAGAGAGCUCACUGACCCAAACCCGUGUUAUCCCGAGAUAUAAGAAGGUGCCACCUUCGAAAUCACCCCACCUACGAAGCUACCGCGGACUCUGGCGAGAUACCCAUACUCACAUUCGCUGACCGCAAGACAUCGAAGUUACCUCUCAGGAGUCUCUCAAACGAGGCCUAUACGCCGCCUUGAACACAUCUCCAACACUUCACGCCAUCCCCUUCGAUCAACGGUGGACGUUAAAUUAUUGCCGUUGUUAUUAUUAUAAUCAAAGAAGAUGAGACCAGCGUACGUUUUAUGCGGGCUGUUCGCCGCAGUUGCUGUUGUAAACGGUUUGCCAAUCGUCAAGCGAGAAGCCGACGAUUUGAGCCCUCUCAACGAAGUCUACGUCUUGCAGGCUGACGCAGACACCGUCGCCGAUGAGGAAAGGGGAGACAGAGAUAAGAGGAAAAUCGGAAUCGUCAAACUUGGCGUCUCCAACGGAAUAAUCAACUUCGUCUUUGGGAAACUCGACGCGUUUCUCGACGCAAAGACGAAAGCGAUCGCCGUCCUUGACGAAGGAAACAAAGCUAAAAACGCAGCUUUCGGUAUCGAUAGCAGCCAAUCAGCUACGAGUCAAUUUAUCAGCGACCUGAUAUCUCAAAAGAUCGCAGCUGGUACCGCGAGCAUCGGUCCUCUCGUUUCCGGAGCCACGACAUUCUUUACGAGCGCCAGCAGCGGCAUUGGAAACGCAAUCGCGUCGAAAUUAGGACCUCUGAGUUCGCUUGCGGGAGGACUUACCGGGGGUUCAGGCGGCGGUGGUUUGGGGGGUGGUUUCGGAGGUAUUUUGUCUUCGAAGAUCGAGGCUAUCUCGGGUUUGAGCAGCGGAAGUAACCUGGGUGGAAACAGCGGUGGAGAUAUCGGUGGAUCGGGAGACGUUGGAGCCGGACUUAGCUUAGGAGGUGGUGCAGGUGGAGCGGGUGGCGGUCUCAAUCUGGGCGCCUUCGCCAACCUUGGAGGCGCGACGAGCAUCACCACAACGACGGAAGACAUCCCCGAAUUCGAUAGGGUUCACGUGUCCUUGGACGUUCCUCCCCCCGUAUUCGGAGGUGGAUUCAAUCUCAUCACCAACAUCAGUAAAGUAUUGAGUAGCGUGAUAACGAAUUCAGCCCGCAGAACACAGAACGUCCUAGAAGUUUUCAAGCCAGUUUUCCGUGGAGCUUUUGCCAUCAAAGGCCUGCCCUCCGACAACCCGAAAUAAGGGACAACGCGGCGCCCAUUGGCUGAAAAAAUUAUGGGAAACUAGUGGUAGCCGAAGUCAUCGAGAAUCCUCAGAAGCAAUAAUCAACAUUAGUAGACACGCAUUAUGGUUAUUAAUUGUAAAAAGUGUAGAUAAUUUUUUAUCUUUUCUUGUUAUUUAUUUUUACCGCAAAUGUUCUCACUGGAGAACUCAUAGGUGACCAACUGUAUACAUAGGUAUAUCGUACUGUUAUCAGUGUUCAGGUUGAAUGCAUUGAUUUGCGACAAACCGAGUAUUUCAGAUACAAAAUUAAGAAUUAUUAUUACACACGUGUAAUGUAUCCGGUGCUGAAUAACCUUCUCGAGAAGAAGGAGACAAUUUCUGAAUAGAAAGCAAAUCUGGCAAAGAUUUUUCAAUUAGUUUAAUAAGGUUGAAUGCGUUAUAGGGAACUGAACCGAUGUGACCAAAUUGUUGUAUCUAUAGUUCGACGCUUAUUGUUAGUUUAUUUUUUCUUUUCAACAUGAGUCAUGUUUGUUCUUAGGUAAUUUCAGAAUUUAUAGAUGUUAUUUUUUACGUUAUGUUUGUAGCGGCGAUUUGAGGAUGAUUACAUAUCUAAGUAGUUGAAUUUUUUUCUACCAAAAAAAACCAUCUUUGCAUCUUCGAGUCGUCAUUUAGCGUCUAUAUAAUUUUAAGAGUCAAACUGCACGGUGCUGACUGUAACUUAUUUUUCAAAUUUUUUCGGUUUUCUCGAUUAUAUAUGAUUGUUGUCCAGUGAAGGUUUUUUUUAUUCACCAAGAGGGGAAUAAAAUUAAUAAUUCUUCAUUUUUCCUAGACAUAGAAAACGUUUGCUCAGCUCGAGCAGAUCAACGAUCUGAUUUAUUGUUAAUAUUGAUGUAAGUACGUACAUCGCAUGAUUUUAAGUACAUGAUGUAGAAUAGAGGAAUCAAUGAUAUUUUUUAUGUCUACUAAAAUUCAUUUCCUCGCGAUUCAACCCCUUAAGCGGCAUUGACGCCAUUUUGCGCACAUCGAUUAUAUUUCUUAAUUGUGUCAAUCGAUUUGCACGAAAAUUGGUACCCCGGGGUUUUUGAGUUUGCUGAUCACGAAUCUAGCCUCAAAGUGCUGCAAUUCAAAACUCUUCUUUCUGCGUAUUUGUAUUUAGUAUUAACUAUAUACUUGUAAAAAUUCACCCGCGCAUUAGCCGGUGAUCCGAUUCACAUGAAUUUUUGCAUUUCGGUCCGCUAUAUUGGAUCCGCCAUUAUGAAUUUUUGUAUUUUGACGAAAGAUUUUUUCUUUCUGCUCGAGGGGUUAAUUCGUUCAAUGAAUUUUCAGUCUUGAUCUGCACUGUAAUUUCACCAUCUAAGAACCAGAUGAGUAAAACAUUACAUUGAAUGCGGUGCAAUAAUUAAUCAUACAUCUCACAUGAUUUCAUGUUAUUUCCUUUUGGCGAGAGAUGCGCCCUUUCGGCCUCAAAUAUAACUUUUUCAAAUUCAUGCGUUUUUCUCUUCCAGAAAGACAUCCUCGAGGAUUUAAAGACUUAAACAGGACAAAAAUAACAUCAGUUUAAAUCGAAUGGCGUUUUGCAAUUCAAUUAAAAACAAGAAUUCUACCCUUGUAGUAGAACUUUAGGCUCAAAUUUACUUGUCGCCAGGAAGGUUCCUUUCUCAAAAAUGAAAAUAAUUAAACAGACUGAAUUUUCGAAUCACAUUUAAUUUGGACUAACCUAAUUUUGAUACUUUUCGUUUUCCAUCGCUUUUCAACUACACGCCCUUUCAACAAAAUUUUUAUUUUCUUUGUUGACUACGCCUUUCUGGUUUUCAGUCCUCGAUCUAAUAUCCCAAAAAAAUCUAGAUCCGAUCAACGAAUCUCUUCUUAUGCGAUCUGGAUUACAGGUGUAAUGUGAAUAUAUACAUAUACUGCCGCGAGGCUGAUCACAGUUCAUGGAUUAGUUUAUUCAAUUUCCCUGCCUUUGAGAUACAUAUUGUAUACGUACAAUCAUAGCGCGUGCUAAUGAGAACAUGAAGUUAUGUACAUAUGACGUUGAAAUCGGACGUAAUAUGCAGUUGGACGUUAGUAUCCGCAUAUCCUUCUAGGUGAAAAUUAGUAAGUGCAACGUGCACGUGCAACUGUUACAUAUAUUUGUAUGCAUGAAUUAGUAUAUAAUAAAACUGGUUGCCAAGUUGA